AUGGUUACCAUGCGCCUGACCCUUGCUCUCUUCGCCCAGGCGGCCAUCAUUACUGCCGUACCUCUCCAGCCUAUCCGAAUCAUCCAGAUCGAGGAGAGAGCUGCAGGUGAUCUUGACACCAUUGAGCGUGCUCUGGCUCCCGUCUCCGAAUCACUUGCCAACGUCGAUGCUGCAGUCCUCUCUUUGGAUGGAGGCCCAGUCACGGCAAACAACCUCCUCAUCUUCUCUCAGCAAGCCCAGGUGGCUACCGACCAGGCCACAGUCGACAUACAGUCUGCUGGUGACCUCAGUGCCUUCAGAGCUGCCAGGCUUCGCCGCACUACCGACGCUCUCAUCGAUCAGACGACUGUCACUGUGAACGACCUAGUCUCCCGCAAGCCUGUUCUUGACAACCUUGGCGUCAGUGGUGUUGCAUUGGAGUCCCUCCAGAGGCAGAAGAUUUCCAGCAUGGCAUUGACGGCUGCGCUUGAGGAAAAGGUUCCCAGAGUCGGGCAGAGAAUCGCAGCUGAGGGCAGGGCUCAGAUCGAGUCCGUGAUGGAUCAGGCAAUCGCAAUCUACUCUGAGCCCGCCGUCGCUGCUGUCCCGGCUGUUGCUCCUCCUCCUGCUACGCCUGCCAACCCCAACGCCAUCCCUAUCGCAGUUCCUCCUGCUGCUGCUCCUCCUGCCGCUGCUGUUCCUGCACCCCCGGCCGCUGUCCCUGCUCCUCCUGCAGCUGCUCCGGCCCCUCCUGCUGCCGCUCCAGCGUGGCCCGAUCAAGCUCCUCAACCUCCUGCCGCCGCUGUCCCGGCUGCUGACCCCAACGGUGCUGUUCCUCAGGCUGGAACUCCUGCUCCUGUUGCGGCUCCUCAGCCGGCGCCCGCAGUCGCUGCUCCUCCCGCUGUUGCCCCCGCUCCUGCUCCUGCGGUCCCCGUCGCUACAGUUCCCCUGGUAGCCCCCGUCCCGCCUCCCCAGAUCACACCUGUUUCCGGCCGCAAGGCCCUCAAGGACAAGAAGAAGAAGGCGUCAAGAAUCAACGCGGUUGAGGUCGAGGGCGAGACUGCUGAGCAGUAA